AUGGUUGCCACAAAACCAUCGCCACUAGAUACACUGGAAUAUAUCCGCAGCACUAGCUUUGCCUUCACUUCUGUCAGGUCCGCUGCUGGUCGGAUGUCCUGCGAACAACCUGACGCCGUAAAUUUGGAAUUGAAGUCUCGUUUCGCUAACUUACAUCGUACCCCGGGUUCCCGCAAUAACUGCUUUGGUUCGCGAGCUGUACAGUUAAAAUCCAAACGCAUCUCGGGUGCGCCCAUACACACGAACCUGGAUUCCUCUCAGUUGAUGUUCUCCGUCAACAUGUACCUCUGUUUCACAGCCAGUAACAUGCGCAACCCGCCGUCUGGCGCCCCAGAAGCUGUCGUCUCUCAACUCUCGGCCCACUUCAAUUAUGGUUUUGCGGUUUUCCCUUCCCGUCACAGCGAUACUGACUAG